ACAGGGUUGGGAGAAGCCAGGAAGAAUGAGACAUGAACAGGAAGUUGGCUUUGUGUCCACUGAGUUGUUUUAUACAUUUUCUCUGUGUAGCUUUUUUUUUUAUUAUUAUUUUUUUUUUAACCCAGUUUAAGACUCUGUAGUGGUUGGGUGCAGCAAAAUUGAAGGGCUACCAUGAGCCAGGAAACCCAGUUAGCAGAGACACUGCCUUCAGAUGUAUUCUUCAGACCAUCCAUCCAGGACUGCAGGAACAACAGCCAGGACAGCUGAAUAUUGGUGAAUCCAUCACACUUGGGUCCAGGUCUCCAAAGCCCUGGAGAUUUGGACUUCUCAGCUGGAAGAAAAGGAUGGGAGACCUCCACUAUCAGUCGCCAUGGACAAGGGCCUCUGGUGAUAACUGGCGAUAACCUGCUACGAAGAGCUGCAUGCCAGGAAGCCGAGGCUUUUGGCAACCAGCUGAUCCCUGCCACUAUGCCAUUGAAGAAAGCAACAGUCUUCCUCAACCCCGCAGCUUGCAAAGGCAAAGCUGGGAACCUUUUUGAAAAGAAUGCUGCACCAAUUUUGCACUUAUCUGGCUUGGAUGUAACUGUGGUUAAGACUGAUUAUGAGGGGCAAGCAAAAAAGCUUCUGGAAUUAAUGGAAAACACGGAUCUGAUCAUUAUUGCAGGAGGAGAUGGCACAGUCCAAGAGGUCAUAACUGGACUUCUCCGUAGAGCAGAUGAGGCUGCCUUCAGUAAGAUUCCUAUAGGAUUCAUACCCCUUGGAAAAACGUGCACUUUGAGCCACACGCUGUACCCUGAGAGCACGAAUCAAGUCCAACAUAUUACUAAUGCUACAUUGGCCAUUUUGAAAGGAGAGACAGUUCCACUUGAUGUCUUGCAGAUCAAGGGAGAAAAGGAACAGCCUGUGUUUGCAAUCUCUGGUUUAAGAUGGGGAUCUUACAGAGAUGCAGGAGUUAAAGUUAGCAAGUACUGGUACCUUGGGCCUCUGAAAACCAAAGCAGCUCAUUUUUUCAGUACAUUUAAGGAGUGGCCUCCGAAACAUGAAGCUGCUCUCAUGUACCUGGGUCCAACUGAGAGACCUCCAGAUGAGCCAGAGGAGAAAUCCAGACCUCCUUUGUACGUGAGGCUUUACAGACGACUUCGAUCGUACUGGUCAUCUCCGAAAGGAUUGCCCCAGGAGGUAGCCCCAGAGGAGUGGGAAGAACUGAAGCUGUCCACCAUUGAGCUCUGCAUUGCAACUCAGAACAAGCAGCUUGAUCUAACACGCACUGAGGACUUCAUGAACAUUUGCAUUGAAGCAGAGAGUGUCAGCAAAGGGGAGUUUGUUCACAGAGGAAGUCAAAAGAUGCGUGAUCCACACGUGUGCCUUGAAGGGAGUCAGCACAUCCAAGCCAGCAGAUGCAUCUUGCAACUUCCAGAGGGCACUGAGGGGUUCUUUGGCAUUGAUAAUGAGGAGUAUGAAGCUAUGCCUGUGGAGGUGAAGCUCUUACCCCGCAAACUCCGGUUCUUCUGUGAUCCCAGAAUGAGAGAGCAGUUGCUGCAGGCAGCAGUACAGUGAGAAUUCAUGGCAGAGGGGCCAGUGUUCACCGGUCUUAACCAGGGUCUCUUCAUGGAGGGAGGCACACGAGACCCAACUAAUUUGAUUAACCCCACUAGACUAAUAAGCCUUUUGGCUAUUUUCAUGUGCCAGGUACUUCCAUUGGAAGUGUAUGAUUUGACUGGUGUCAAAGGGGUUAAAAAUGCAAAUGAAAUUUCUGAAAAAUGUGUGUUAACUUGAUGGCAUCUUUCUUUCCCCCUCUCCUAAGAAGUCAUCAACUGUUCCAUUUACAGCACUACAGGUUGAGUGCUGUGUGCCAGAUGCUACUGCUGUAAUGCAAUUGUAUAUUAAAGUAAAAUUUAAGUAUACUUGUCAUUGUGUUCUAAGAGUUUAGUUUUACUUUACCCAUGUAAAAAUCUUGCAAAACCUGGGAUCCUGGAAAAAAUAUUUGGGGGGGAGUAAUGCUGAGGAAUUCUAUGAAGCAUUGGAAUUUCCACAUUAAAACAGAUGGCUGGUUAUCUGCUCUGUCACAAAAUAAACUGGAGUUUGGUGAUACAAA